CAGACACUGCCCCAUUCCUGUCCCCCUCUCCCUUUUCCUCCUCCCGCCUCAUCUUUCCCCCGCUCGGGUCGGAGCCCCGCCAGUUUCUCCGACCCCCUGCAGCUCGGCCCCGGCUACCCGCGCCCCCAUCCUCCGGCUGCUCGCCCAGAUGCCUCUCCCCGGGGGAUUGUGGUGGCUCCUCUGCUGCCGUCGAGGCUUUACUCUUCUGCACCGGGACUACGGGGACGGCGAGCUUAGCGGGGACGGGGACGAGGACGAGGACGAGGAGACCUUUGAGCUACGGACCCCGAGUCCAGCGGGCGGCGGGAGGAGCCCCCUGGACGUGACGCUGACGCAGCCUGUGAGGAGCGGGCCGGUCUCAGACAGGCUGCAGAGCUGGGAGGAGACGCGGAGCCUCAUCCCGGAGAAAGGGCCCCCAGAGGACGACCCGGACGUCGUCGUGAAAGGUUGGCUGUACCGCGAGCCCCGCGGAGGAGGGGCGCGGCCCUGGUUGCCUCCGCGCCGCGCCUGGUUCGUGCUCACCCGGGACUCCCUGGACCAGUUCAGCAGCAGCGGGAAGGGCGCGCGGCGCCUCGGGAGCCUCGUGCUCACCAGCCUGUGCUCCGUGACCGGCCCAGAGCGCAGGCCCAAGGAAACCGGGCUGUGGUCAGUGACCGUGUCUGGCCGGAAGCACAGCGUUCGGCUCUGCUCCCCGCGCCAGGCCGAAGCAGAGCGCUGGGCGGUGGCGCUGCGCGAAGUGAUCGCCUCCAAAGCGCCGCUGGAGACUCCCACCCAGCUGCUGCUCAGGGACAUUCAGGAGAGUUGUGGGGACCCGGAGGCCGUGGCCCUUAUUUACCGGCGGAACCCGAUUCUGAGGCACACCAGCGGGGCUUUGUACGCCCCACUACUGCCCCUGCCCUAUGGAGUCAGCGCGCCAGGUCCAGGCUACGCACCCUUGCGUGAGGAGGCGGUGCGGCUGUUCCUGGCGCUGCAGGCGCUGGAGGGGGCGCGGCGCCCCGGGCCCCUGAUGCAGGGUGUGCUCCAGACCUGCCGGGACCUGCCCGCACUCCGCGACGAACUCUUCCUGCAGCUGGCUAAGCAGACCUCGGGCCCUGCGGGCCCCCCUGGACCCCCAGCUACCCAAGACCCCGCGGCCCUGCGGUACUGGCAGCUCCUCACUUGCAUGAGCUGCACCUUCCGGCCUGGGGGAGCUGUACGGGGGCACCUCCUGGGUCAUUUGGAGAGGACGGAGCAGGCGCUCCCGGACUCGGAACUGGCAGAAUUCGCGCGCUUCAUCCGGAAAGCGCUGGGCCGGACGCGCGGCCGGGAGCUGGUGCCGUCGCUGGCGGAGAUUUCCGCGCUGAGCCGACGGCAGGAGCUGUUGUGCACCGUGCACUGUCCAGGGGCUGGUGCCUGCCCUGUGGCCAUAGAUUCCCACACCACGGCAGGGGAGGUUGCUCGGGAGCUGGUGGGGCGGCUGGGCUUGACCCGGAGCCGUAACGCGUUCGCACUGUACGAGCAGCGGGGGGCCCAGGAGCGAGCCCUGGCUGGGGGGACUCUCGUGGCCGACGUGCUCACCAGGUUUGAGAAUCUGGCCGCUGAGGAAGCCGGGCUGGAGGACUCGCCAGACUCGGGUUGGAGACUGUGUCUGCGUCUUCACGGACCUCUGCACCCUGAGGGGCUGUCCCCAGACGGUCACGAACUGCCUUUCCUCUUUGAGCAGGCUCACGCUCUGCUGUUGCGCGGCCGGCCGCCCCCGCCCGACGACACGCUGCGCGCCCUGGCGGCGCUCCGCCUGCAGAGCCUGCACCGGGACUUCUCCCCGCGGGCGCCCCUGCCGCGCCUGGACCGCUUGCUGCCGCCCUCGGCUCCGCCGCGUGAAGACUCUCCCCGUCCGGUCCCCAGGCCUGCCCCCUCCGCCGCCCUGCUGGCCGGGGCAAUCUGGAGCCCGGGCCUGGCCAAGAGGCAGGCCGAGCGGGCCCGGCGCGGUGGGGCCGGCCGCACGGCGGGAAGCCCUGCCCGCGAGGGAGGAGGUGGCGCCGGCACGGCGGCUGCUGUGCUGGGCGGCUGGAAGCGACUACGGGGCAUGGGCCGAGCUGAGGCCAUGGCUGCCUACCUGGCUCUGGCGGCGCAGUGUCCAGGGUUCGGCGCUGCUCGGUAUGACGUUCUGGAGCUGAGCACGGAGCCUGGUGGGGGCGCUCCACAGAAGCUAUGCCUGGGCCUGGGUGCCAAGGCCAUGUCCUUCUCGCGACCGGGUGAGACAGAGCCCAUCCACAGUGUCAGCUAUGGCCAUGUGGCCGCCUGCCAGCUAAUGGGACCCCACACCCUGGCAUUGAGGAUGGGAGAGAGCCAGCUCCUCCUGCAGAGUCCCCAGGUGGAAGAGAUCAUGCAGCUGGUGAAUGCCUACUUGGCCAACCCCUCCCCGGAGAGGCCCUGCAGCAGCCCUUCUCCUCCAGGCCAAGACCUGCCAGGCACCUCCCCUCGCAGCCAGCACCCGGGCCUGGACGAGCCCCAGGGACAGUCUGGCUGUUUAGGGCAGCUGCAGGACUGAGCCUGCCAAGAGGUCACCACCUCCCUCCUGCCUCCAGCCUGGACUUGGACUGCUCUGAAAUUUGAGGGAACCAUGGACCCUUGUGGCCCUGCAGGGACAGGGCACACCCCAUACCCAAGGGCUGCAAUGGGUGCAGACAAUUUUCUAGUUUUUUUCUUAAUUUAUUUGUAGAAGAGAAGCAAAAGAAAAAAAAUCCUUAUUUACACAAA